CUGUGUCACAUUCGUCAGCCAUGUUUUUCUUUGGAAUGUGUUGAAAUGGUGGUAGUGAUAAAAUUAAAUUAAUACCGUGAACUUACUUGAAAUACUGGAACCUGUGAGUGUAGUUUCAAUGUGUUAUUUGUUUGAGUGAGUUGAUAUCACUGCUGUGAAAAUGAAUUGGGGCACGGAGCUUUGGGAUCAAUAUGAUAACUUGUCCGCCCACACACAGAAAGGAAUUGAAUUUCUAGACAAAUACGGAAACUUCGUAAAGGAGAGAUGCGCGAUCGAAUUAGAAUACGCAGGAAAACUUAGGAGGCUCGUCAAAAAUUAUCAACCAAAAAGGAAAGAAGAAGACGAAUACCAGUACACAUCAUGUAAAGCGUUUAGACAAUUGUUACAAGAGCUGGGCGACUUCGCGGGUCAGCGCGAGGUAGUCGCUGAGAACCUACAGUCCAAUGUUGUCCGGGAACUGCAUUUGCUGGCCAAGGAACUCAGAGAAGAACGGAAGCAACAUUUAAACGAAGGAGCGAAACAGAUGGCCGUCCUGAACUCUGCCAUAGGUUCUUUAGACCGAGCGAGGAGAGCGUACGAGCGCGCAGCGAGAGAAUCCGAACGGGCGCUGGAAGCGUUCCAAAGGGCAGAUGCAGAUCUCAAUUUGAGUCGGGCUGAAGUCGAGAAACAAAAAGCAAAUAUGAAACUCAGAAGUCAAGCCUGUGAAGAUGCCAAGCACGAGUAUGCUGACCAGCUCCGCAAGACUAAUGAGGCCCAGCGGCAACACUACGAGCAGCGGCUACCUCAUGUCUUCAAACAGUUACAGGACCUGGACGAGAAACGAAUCAAAAACAUAAAGAAUUUCAUGUUGAGUUCGGUCGAGGUCGAAAGAAAAGUGUUUCCUAUCAUAAAGCAGUGCUUAGAUGGAAUGGAACACGCCGCCAAUAGUAUUAAUGAAAAAGAGGACACACAACUAGUUAUAGACAGAUACAAGUCGGGCUUCGUGCCGCCCGAGGACUUCCCGUUCGAGGAGCAGCGCGCGGGCGCGGACACGACGGACGCGGCGGCGGCGCACAACCACCACGCGCAGCUCACCGUGCGGGGCACCGUCUCCGGCAACCGGAUAAAGAAGCGCGGGGGCCUGCUCUCCAUAUUCAGCUCCAACAAGAAGAUUGUCGAGGCGUGCAAUUCGUUCAAGAACAACAUGUCUACGGAUGGGAAGGAGGACUACUCAGACUUGCCACCGAAUCAGAAGAAAAAGAAACUGCAAGCAAAGGUUCACGAACUCAACAAACAGGUGGCCCAGGAACAAGCCGCCAUGGAGGGACUGAUGAAGAUGAAAGGAGUUUACGAAACGAAUCCCACGCUAGGAGAUCCAAUGACCGUGGAAGGGCAACUGAACGAGUGCUGCGACAAGCUGAAGAAGCUGCGCGCGCAGCUGCGCAAGUUCGAGGAGCUGCUGGCCGAGGCCAACAGCCAGGUCUGCGCCGCGCCGCUCAACCCCACCGCGAGGACCAACGGCGCCGCGCCCGCGCCCCAGCAUCCCACCAGUAUCGGUUCAAACAGCGGUUCCUUGUCGCGCUCCGCGUCCGAGUCGUCGGUGUCGACGGGCACGGGCGCCGGCGCGGGCGGCGGGUCGGUGUGCGGCGCGGGCGGCCGCGCGGCCGGCGGCUCGCCCGAGUCGGGGCUGGGCGGCGAGCUGGCCGCCGCGCACGCCGAGGCUAACGGCGACCACGACAACGACCACGAGUCCGACUUCGACUACUACUACGAACCGGACCUACAGCCGCUGGGAUACUGCAAGGCACUCUAUCCGUUUGAAGCAAACGGCACUGGGUCGACGAUGCGCAUGGAGUGCGGCGAGCGGCUGCUGGUGCUGGAGACGGACGCGGGCGACGGCUGGACGCGCGUGCGGCGCCAGCUCACGCGCGAGGAGGGCUUCGUGCCCACCACCUACAUCGCCACCACGCUCUACGCUGACGCGGCGCACUAGCACGCCGUCCACACCGGACGAGAUGUAACGUAAGGCGACACGGAAGGCCCAGAAGCGCGGCGGCGCGCACGACGCAGGUGGCGCCACAGUAGCGUAUCCACUUACAUUGUUUUCUGGCCUAUAAUAUAGUAAACAAGUAUUUUUGCUAUAAUUUAUCGUAAUGGAGAAUUUUAGCAUUAUUUUUGUAUCGUGUCCUUUCUAUUCCGAUUGUUGUUAUGGCGUUUGCCAUGUAUGAACAAAAAGAGGAAAUCAUAAUAACAUUCCAUGAUUUUAUUUAUUAUGUAUAGCGUUGUUUAUAUGACAUACAUAUUUUCAUGUGUGCCGUAUGGCAGUAAUAGUGUAAUGUUAAUGUUAAUGAUUGUGUAACUCAUCUAGCUCUUUAUUGUGCCAGCUUUUAUGAAUUAAGGUUCUUUCGUACUUAUUAUAAUGCCUAGUGGUUAUUUCUUGCUUUCAUGUGAUUCAGCCAUUAAGUAUAUGAAAUUAUAGCAAAAAUAGAUUAAUGAAUUAUGUUUAUGUGUAAAAUACGUAUUGUAUACUGAAUCUUUUAUCUCAUAGAGCCGUACAGUUUACGAUUAAGGAGUAACUGAUUAUUGUAUUGUGUAUUCAAUAUGUGACAAUGUAUUAUAAAGCUAAUGUAAUUCAAUUCUGCAUAGUUAUAAUGCUAGCUAAAUAUCGUAAUUUAGGCAAUGCUAUUUUCUGAAUAUUUGCUGUAUGCAAGGAGCUGAUAGUUUCAUGUAUUUAUAGUGAGAGGAGGAAUGAACGAGCGCAUUUGAUUUUUAUAUAUAAAAAUAUAAAAUUAUAUGAGAACAUUACAA